AUGUUUAGACGAUCUGUAAAACUGUCCCAAUAUAUUCUACGUCAAUCUUUAAAGAAAAGACUUCCUACAGCAACAAGGUUGAUGCCAUUGAAAAUAUCAUCUAUUCCUAUGAACGCCACAAUUGGUCUUAAAUUUUACUCAAUCAGCACACAGGGUGAAAAGCUUGAUGGCAAAAUUGAUCAAAUUUCUGACGGAGAAUACAACAAACUAUCUAACGAGUACCUUGAAAACUUAUCCGACGAAUUAGAGGAAUUGAACGGAGAUUAUGAACAGGUUGAUGCAGAGCUUAGUCAUGGUGUUUUAACAUUAACCUUGCCCCCAAAUGGCACAUAUGUGAUUAACAAACAACCUCCAAACAAACAAAUUUGGCUCAGCUCACCAAUAAGUGGUCCGAAACGGUAUGAUUUAAUCCAGGGCCAAUGGAGGACUUUGAGAGAUGGCAGUUUACUAACAGAAUUGUUGGAGCAGGAAAUAUCGGAGGCUCUUAAAACUGACUUUAAAUUUGAGUCAGUGAGCUCAUGA